CUACAAUGCUGUUCUUUGUACUAUGUUAGUUUAUUGUAUGGUUUAAUAAACUUUAGGUUAUUAUAUUUUGUUUUCCUGUUAAAUUUAGGAUAUCUUAUUAUUCGUCUGUUAAGUGUACACGGACUGACUAGCCAGUGGAGUACAAAGCUACAAGACAGAGGAUUCCAUGAAGAGAACACGUUGCAGUUAUGCAAAAACAGAAACAUGCUCCCGGCCAGCCGCAAGGCUAUCAAUAUAAUGGAAACAACGGUAUUAAAAAAUAGUGUUAAAAACUUACUAAGGAACUUUAAAAUUGAAAAGAAAUAGUGGAGAUUCUGAAAUUAUGUUCAUGCUACCCAAAUUAUUAUUUGUUACCUUUACUUCAUUGUUAAUGUUAUUUUGAAUCCUAUAUUAAUACAACAAAUUCAUCGGAGUGAAUACAAGAUGUCAUAUUAUGGACCUUAUGUGCCCCAUAACCAUAAAGGGACCGACGGUGGCGGAGGUGCUUUCCCUGGAGGAUCCAUGAGGAUCUGUCCCAGUGGACAGACCCAACCACAACCGGACCCUAAACAACAGCCUCAGACGCAGUCAAUGCAGGGUGGGAUGCCAGCUGGAAUUAACUACUCCCAACAACAGUCUCGGCCUCCUCAAUUCUACUCUCGACCAUCACAACCUCGAGUUCCAGCAAGGCCAAUGAUGACUCAAGCUGUUCCUUCAUCAAGUAUGCCCUAUCAGCCUCCUGCAACAAUUCUGCAACAUCCAUACCUCCCACAACCUAUGCCAACAGCUGGAGUUCUUCUACCAUAUGCCGGACCGACGAUACAAAGUGGACGGCAACACAGUCAUGGUGGAGGCCAGGCAGUGGGAGCCACUGCCACACCUCAGCCAAAUUAUUAUACUACACAGCAACAAAUAUUUAUGACUACGCAACAUGCUACUAUAGGUAACCCCUUCACACAUCAAUACUCUCCACAUGCAGGAGCGCCUCACUAUGUUUAUUCACAGUUAAGGAAUAGUCCUUAUUCUACCCCAAACUCUGGACCCCACCAAGGUGUUCCACCUCAACCUCCUCCUCAGCAGCCUCCGCAGCAGUAUACAGUAGACGCUGUACCAAAUGCUGGCGGUGGUGGCCCCACAGCUGCUGCAGGUUCUGGUGUCCUUAUAACUCAUGGUCACCCACAAGGACCUCCUCAACCUACUAUACAACCACAAAAAAGACGGCGAACACCCCUCUCAAUUAUUGAUCCCAGUUCAGGGAGAAAUGUUAUAGAAGAUUACCUAAGUGAAAAAUCACAAAUAGUGGAAACAACAAUCACACCUACUGCUCCUGUUCCUACUGGGGUAGCUGCAGACUUUGCUGCAAGAGUGGCAGCAGUUGCUACAGAACCGACUUGUCCUGAAGAAGAAGAAGAGGAAGAGGAAGAAGAGGAAACAGCUGAAGAAACUGAAAUUGAAACUAUAAAUGGCCCAGAAUCGACACCCGCACCAUUGGUUCUUGCUCCCCCCUCAUCCGCUGUUGAAGUUAUUCCCCCACCCACCGUUGUACCCCCCAUGAUUCAAUCUCAAACACAGCCUUCAAUUCCCCAGCCACAGCCCUCUCCGGUCAUUCAGCAUCAUCAACCAGCGCCACAACAAGCAGUGCCUCAACCAUUAUCACAGUCUCAGCAAAUUCCAACAGUUUCUGCAAUGACAGAUUCUCCUACUGUUGAGCUACCCAGACCUAAGGUUCCAUCAGUCGCUAUCUUACCUGGGCGAAAAUCGUCUCCAGUUCCUCAAAAUGUUUUGGAACCAUCUAAGAAAAAAGAGAAGAAAAUAGUUGGUGUUACAGGAGGUUUACCACCGCAUAAAGAAGAACCAGAAGAAACAAAAAAAUCUAGUUUUGCUGAGGCUUUAAAUCUGAAAAAUAUAAGCCAAUCCAAUAUCAUUAAAACAGCUGAACCUCUUCAAUCAUUGUCAAAUCCUUCUAUUAAUACUGAACCAGAGACCAAUGGUGAACCAGAAAUUAUACCUGUUCCUGCUCCUAUUGUUCCUGCUCCACAACCUGUUAAGCAUCACGAAAAACAGAAGCAACAUGAUGAACAUGCUACCCAUCAACAGCAUGAUCGUGGUAAGGCAUCUUCAAGGCCGAAGCAGAAAAAGAAAGCUAACCUGAUGAAGGAGCUGAACCGGCGGGGCCAGGAGAAAGAAGGUGGCUCCGAUAUGGAUGCAUUUACCUCAUUGCCUCCUAUCUCGGCGGCUACCAACGCUUCUCUCGACUCGAAGGCUUCCUCAUCUCCUCCCCCUGCUCCUGCUUCUGCUCCUGCUCCAGCUCCAGUAGUUCAGCAGGCUGAGGUCGUGCCGCCUCAACCUGCCGAUCAGGCUCCUGUUGUCAGCCAGCAACAACCUUCUGUAAAUACCCAGCAGCAGCCACCGUUGCCAUCUACCCCUGUGUCUGAUAGCCCGGCGAUUCCACAAACAACUAUCAUUCCACCUGCUGUUACAAAUAAAAACAUAGAUAAUGAGCAAGAUGAGGGCAUGGGAGAAGAAGAGGUGGCUGAAGAAGUGGAAAUAAUGGUGGCAGUUAAAAAUGAAGAAAACACUAAAGCUUCCGCUGCUGCUAAAGAAAAAGUAGUUGCAGUUAAUGAUGUUGAUGAGAGCAUUGUGAUUGAAACUACAGUGAUUGAGAGGUCUAAGCCUCCUGUUCUCAAGUACACCUAUAAAGAAGACCAAUGGUCGCCGUUGAAUCCUGAUGGUAAAAAGGUGUAUGAUCGAGACUUUCUAUUGGGCCUGCGGACUGAAGCUCUUUCGAUAAAGCGACCUGAUAUUGAAGACUGUGACAUAAUUAAGACUGAUGGUAGUUCCAAUAACAAUGUUUCAUCUAACAACAACAAUAGGAGGUUACAUGGUUCUAACAGCAUGGGUAUGAACAGAGAUGAGAGAUUCAUAACACCACCUUUCCUGAGCAGGGCUUCUUCAAGCCAGCGAGGAGGAAUUUCUUUUUUCCCACAGAUGAUGGGAAAGAGAGGAUCGCAACAAGGAAGACCUGGCGGUGAUAGAAGGAGUGGAAAAAUUAUGUACUCAAGUUCUCAAUAUAAGCCUGAUGUUGAUGAAGAUCUCCAUUGGGCCGGAAAACAAGGUUGGAAGCCUGAGCGUUGUAAAUCUCCUCCCAAACUUUCUGAGGAAGAGAUAAAGACUGAAAAUUUGUACAAAAAAAUAAGAGGUAUUCUCAAUAAGUUGACUCCUCAGAAGUUUGAUACGCUUCUGGAACAAAUAACUCGUCUUCCUAUUGACACUCAAGAUAGGCUAAAGGGAGUUGUUGAACUAGUUUUUGAUAAGGCUGUAGAUGAACCAUCUUUUUCGAUUGCUUAUGCCAAGUUAUGCCAGAAUUUGAGUAAAAUGAGUGUUAAAAUUGUAAGAGAAGAGUCCCAAGGAGGUGAAAACAGCCAACCCCAUGCAGAAGCCUCAUUUAGGAAAGUACUAUUAACCAGGUGUCAGCAAAUGUUUGAGAAAAAAAGAAAAGAAGAAACUGGAGAGGAUGGAAAAAAAUCUGAUGACGAAAGAAUUGCUGAAUUGCAACAGUCAGUAGGCACUGAAGAAAACAGGGAAAAGAAGAAAGAGUUACAGCUUUUGCUAGAAGAAGAGGAAAGGAAAAUACGAGUAAAAUAUGUUGGCUUAGCAAGGUUUAUCGGAGAAUUGUUUAAACUGCAAAUGCUGACUGCCAGUAUCAUGCAUGGAUGCAUCAAAACACUCCUCGAAAAAAUUGAGGAAGAAUCAUUGGAGUGUCUAUGCAAACUUCUUACUACUGUCGGUAAAGAAUUGGAAAGUCAGUGUUCUGAUACAAAGGACAUGGACGAGUAUUUUGGAAAGAUGAGAAAGCUCUCGCAGAAAUCAUCCAACUCGAAAGUAUCCUCUCGCGUUCGAUUCAUGUUGCAAGAUGUAAUAGAGCUGCGAUCGAAUAGAUGGGUACCUAGAAGAGAUGAGAAUAACCCAAAAACCAUGGAACAAAUUCAACGAGAUGCUGAGAAAGAAUUGGAAAAUGCUGCCAUGUCUUCUAUUGCUAACCGAUCCAAGCAUAAUGACCGAGAUAUGGAUAGAAGAAGGGGUCAAAGAAGUGGUACAAAUCAAGAUCCGGAGGGAUGGUCUACACCUAAACCUGGUUUUAGAAGCUAUGCGUUUGACCAAUCUAAGCUCCAACAUAUCAAGGGCUUAGAUAAUGAAACAAGCAGUGUUUUGGGUUGCCCUGCUCAAUUCUCUCAAUGGAAUUUAGGUUCUAAUGCUAAAAGAGGAGAUGCACCCAAACCGUUUGCACCAACAACCAACAAGUUUGCUCUAUUGAGUCAGGAUCAGGAGAAGAAAAUGCCAUCUAUGGCGAGAAAAGUUACACCAUCAUCAUCUCAAGAGAAGGAACGUGCUGUUCAAGGAGUUAGAGAUGCUUUCAUCAGAGAUGAAAGAGGCAAUCGCGGACAAGGUUCAAAUCCUCCUUCUCGCGAGAAUUCUCGCGUAAGAGGAAAAACUCCCUCAAUGACUCACGUUCCGGUAGUGGAACAAGAGCCACCACCACCAGUUGUCAAAGAGCCACCUAUGGACCCGGAAGUAUGCAAAAAGAAAGCCCGAGUUAUAUUCGAGGAAUGGCUAGCCAAUCACAACGUUCAGGAAUCAGUGGAUUGCAUUCAGGAAAGCUUCCCAGAAGCUAUGCUGUUUGUACGGUCGUUAUUAGAUACUGUUCUUGAGGGUAAGCAGGUGGCAAGGACAAGCUUUGGAGAACUCCUUGCAGAUCUCUUGUCGAGGAAUAUAGUCACCGCCUCAGAUUUCACAAAAGAGUUACAAGUUAUUAUUGAAUGUGGAGAGGAUUUUAUGAUAGAUCUGCCUCUAUUCUGGACUUAUUUAGCGGAACUAUUAGUUCCAUUGUUGGUGAAAAGUGUAUAUACGCUCGCGGAUUUUAAAGCUGCAUGUGAAACCUGUAAAACUACUCACCUGACAUUAACAUUAGCGGAAAUCUUUAGGCAGUUGACUAAAGAGAAGGGGCCAUUUUUUAUCAAGCAACAAUGGGAAUCUUCCGAUGUACAGUUCACAGAUUUCUUUCCUGAAUCUGAUGUUAAUAAUUUUAUCAAAAAUAAUAAGUGCGGCUUUUUAAUUGGCGAGGGUGAAGUUGUUGAAACUGGAGAAUCUCUACCUAUGGAUCAAGUUGAAGAAAAACUCCUUAACCUACUGAAGUCUGAUAACAAUGACAAAAUAUUUGAUCAAAUUUGUGAUUGGAUAAAAGCAAAUGUUGGAAAUAGAACGCAGGGUACUGAUUUUAUUAGGGCUUUGACUAGAGCAGUUAUAAAAGCAAAUAUUAAAAAUGAUUAUCACCUCAAUUCCUCGAAUUUAAUGAAACAUGAAAAACUUAUUAAAAGGUAUGUUGAUGCUAAUGAAACAAGAGAACUGGCAUGUUUACAUGGAAUACAGAACUUGGUAGUUGUACAAAUGAUGUCCCCUCAAGGACUGUUGAUGGAAAUAUUCCAAUCUCUAUGGGAAAACGGUAUAAUUUCUCAUGAAGCUUUUAUGAAGUGGAAAUCGUGUGAAGACACACAGUAUGAAGCUGAGGGUAAAGGUGUUGCGGUUGCAUCUUUAUCCCCAUUUUUUGUAUCCCUUUCAGAACAAGACGAUACAGAUGAUGAAUCAUCUUGAUCUUGACGAGAGGCAGCGGCUGGGAUUGCCCAUCGACCAGGCAGACCUAGUGAAAUUUUGCCAUCUGAUAGGUUGAAUACUUCUGGGACACCACCUGUUCUUCAAAAUGGACUAUCCCUUUAAGAUAAUCACAUCUAUAUAGAAUUAUAUAUAUAUAAAUGCGCGAGUGAGGAAGAGAAGAGGGAGUGCCGUGUCCCAAAAAACUGAUAACUAUAAAUUAAUUUGGUGCAGAAGCUUCAUUAUGUACGAAAUACAUGUAUUAUAAACGCAAACCAGAUUCGAAUUCCUAUAGAAAGACUACGCAGAUCGACUUUUAUAUAUAUUAUAUAUAAAUAAUUUAAAUCGUUUAUUUUUUUGUUUUACUCGUUGUAAGUAAUCCGUUUUGUGAAAAGGAUCUCCCUUACGGGGGCAUGUACACAACUUACCUUAGUUUGUAAUUGCAAUGAGGUUAAUUUAUUUAAAUGGAACUGAACACCUUUGUUAUACAUGACAUUCAUACUUCAUAACCAAUCCAUGAGGUAUGAAUCUUUAUAUGUAUACAUGCAUUAAAAGGGAGGGGGUAUGUAUAUAUAUAUAUAUAUAUAUAUAUAUACAAUAAAUUGUGUAAAUUAAUUAAAUGAAAUGUGUGGAUGUAUUAAAAUUCUGUAUUUUUUUUAUUAUUUACUUUUAGCAAUUAAUUUAAAUUGCCUGAAAAGAAAAAUGAAAUAACGGAUAUUGUAAAUCACUAAGUGAUUCACUUUCGGGGUGGGAACCUCAACAGGUACUAAGGAGAAAAUAAUAAUGUGUAAUCUCCUAAAUAUAUAAAGACUAUUUUUGUAACAUUUUAAGGAAAUUUUUUUAUUUAUUGUUUUUUAUAUUAAGAAAAUAGUUCUUACUACAAUCUAUUGAGGUUCCUGUAAUUCCUAGUUAUACAUUUUUAUAUUAUAUAUUAUAUAAUUAGUGUUUCGUAUUAUCAAUUUUAUUAAUUAUUGUCUGUCUGUAUUGGAUAUUAUGUAUUAUAACUAUUUCGUGAUGUAAAUUAAAAAAAAAAAGAAAAUGGAAAAAAAAUUGUUUUCGCAAAUGGGGUACACUCUCAUACCAUGAGAGACAAAGGGAGGGGUAAGAUAUAUAUAUAUAUACAUAUAUAUAUAGUUGUAUAAAUCGGUUACGUAAAACAGAUUAUAUAUAUUAUAUAUAUAGUGAUACGACUGACUUUAGCCAAGAUCACAAGACAAUUAUUGAUAGUGUGUGUACAGUUGUGAAAGUGUUGGAGACUCAAAAAGUCUGUUAAGUGAAAUUAAAUUUGGACGCUAAAAAGUGUUGAUUGUAUAAAAAGUGAACAUUCUUCUCUUUAAAAUUAUUACGUCAAAUUUGUUGGCGUAAGCAGAUGAUUGAUUCGUACAUUAAUUAAAAAAAUGGAAUUAAUAAAAAUUAUGUAUAUAUAUACAUACAUGUUUUCUUAUGUUUUUUAUCUUUUACCCUAUUUUUCCUAAGUAUUUUGUGGUCUAUUCAUUAAUAUUUUCUAAAUUAUUGUCAGGUGAGAUCUGUGUUUCUUCCUUCUGUUGGUUUUAUAGUGUACAUAACAAAGUUCAUAUUAUGAAUAGGAGUGUGAUAUCUAGGAACCCUAAGAAUUUUGUCAAAAAUAGGUUGGUUAGGAUUUGAUUUCAGAAGUAAAUCCAUUUAUUCAGGCCAAAACAAUAAGUGAGUGGAUGAAGUUUUAAGGGUAUUCUCAAAUAGUUGUAAGCGAUGCCUCUUACUUUUAAAAAAUAUUUUUAACAUAAUCCUCUGGGGAAUGGAAAUUAAUAAAAAAACAUUAGAUUUAAUUAUAUUUUCAACCAACACAAGGUUUUAG